UUCUCGAUAACGUGUGUUGCGAGUUGCUAGUGCGUGUGCGAGUGCGAGUUGCUUGUGCGUGUGCGAGUGCGUGUGUUGUUGUUGUGUGUGGAAUGGCAGUCGCCCACUGAAGCGUGUCUUUGUUACCGCGCGGGUUGCUGCUGCUCUGCAGGCGGUGACAAUGCCCCAGCCCGACGAAACUUCCCGCUUCAGCUCGAUGACGGGCUCCAGCACCGACAGCGGGAGGUCUAGCAUCACGGCCAAGCCGCUGCCUGCGACGCCCACGAGCCCAUCGCUCCCCAACCCGCCCGGAGCCGCAGGGAACAACAAUGCAUCGAGACACGGCCCGCAUGGAUCGCGAUGGGUGGCGCCGUCGCGCCUCAAGACGGACGAGGGCGGCAAUCCCACUCGCAGCUCCAUCAAGGAAUCGGACGGCCAAGUCUCGCCCACGUCUAACGAUGCGCGUGUCGCGCUAUCCCCCUCGUCGACCAACUCGACUACGUCGAUGCGCGAGCAUCCCAUGAGCGAUCUCCGCGACUAUCGCCGCGACCUAGCGAUCCUCGACCUCGCCGGCGGCCGGUCCUCUCGCACCCAGCAGCAGACCAAUCCGUCCACCGGCUCUCUGGGCGGUGCCGCCUCGGCGCCUCCUCCAGAACCCCCCGUCCCCAUGACAUUCUACGACGACUCGACCGAUAACCUGUCCCUGGGCUCCCAGCUGUCGCCCGGCGUCCGGACUUCGAUCAGCCGCGCCACCCCGGUCGGCAGCACCGACUCUCCAGAGGCCGCAUACUUUACCGACGAGAGGCGCCCCUCCGUCGCUAGCAUCACCACCACAGCGAGCAGUCAAGGCUCGAGAACUAGCGGCGCGAGGGGAGGAUUACGGAAGCUGCAGGGAUUCUUCGGAGAGGAGUUUCCGGGAAGAGACUCGUCCGAGAUCAGCCUCGCGCACCCCACCGGCGGCAGGGAGCACCGAUCGCACUCGCACAGCUACAGCCGGCCGCACAGGGACCGCAACUACUCCAACGCGACGGACCACGGCAGAGACGCCUCUCCGUCAUCGAGGCCCCGGACUCCGGUGCCGGCACCGGAAGUGGUUCCGUUUCUCUACCAGGAAGCCGAUGACAUUGCGCGAUACGGCGAAGCGCCUGUCCGAGACAUCCUCAGCGGCCCGGAUCGCGACCGCUACAUCACUGACAGCUCCACGCAGAAUCCGCCCAGAACCUCGGGUUCCGGGCGGUCCGGCCACUCCAUCGUUCACCUGCCCGGCCACCACAGACACAACAAGAGCAACGAAGAUUCGAGAUCGCUGCGCCCAUCGAUUAGCAGGGAGGAUUCUACCGUGUCCGCCCCCAAGGAUCGCGGCGGUUCGGCCGCCAUGUACGGCACGAAGUCGCGCGCCCAGAGCCCCGCUCCCAGCGCUCCCAGCGGCUACUGGACCUCCAAGGCCGCCGUCGGUGAUGGCCAGACGUCCCCCGGGCACCACCACAAGCGGCGCUUCCUUGGUCGCCUGCGGGGGAAGAGGGACAAGGACGACUCGGGGGAUCUGAGGAAGCUUCCUGCGUCUGCCCAAUCUCUCCAACCGCGACCGUCCAGGCACGAGUCUCCGUUUGGCGACGGCCAACAGUCCCAAGGGUCCGAAUGGCCAUCCACGCCCGAUCCGCGCGAGACCCACGGGCUGCGGCCCGCUUUUGUCCGUGGUGCGACCUUCAACAACAAGUUCCCUUUCUCGUCCAAGAAGAGCCGUACGGCCCGACAGCGCGAUGAUCUCGAGGACAACAUUGGCCCCACCGACAGGCAAGACACGGGAGGAACCAUGUUCCACCUCGAUACUAACCUCAACGACAUGGAGGGGAUCCUCAGCAGGCCGGUACCCUUGACGCCGAUGAACCCCGACUUUCUGAACGAGGUUGACUUCGAUAAGCUGCCCAUCAAGUCCGCCGACCCGAGGGGUGCGUGGAAUGCGCCCGACAGCUGGGCGGUCCGCCGCGGGGACGAGGCGGUGGCCCAGGUCCCGGAGGCCGACGACAUUGGGAGCCCGCCCCGGCCGGAGGAGAAGAUGACCAACUACUGCAUUCGCGUCUUCAGGGCAGACGGCACCUUUGCGACCCUCCAGAUGGCGCUGGACGCGACCGUGUCGGACCUCAUCUCCCAGAUCUCCAAGAAGUCGUACGUGAUCGACGGCAUGGAGAACUACAACAUCGUCCUCAAGAAGCACGACUUGACCCGGGUGCUGAGCUCCGUCGAGCGCCCGCUCCUGAUCCAGAAGCGGCUGCUGCAACAGAUCGGAUACGAGGAGCGUGACAGGAUCGAGGACAUUGGGCGCGAGGACCACAGCUACCUAUGCCGCUUCAUGUUCCUGUCGGCGCGGGAGAGCCACUUCCACGCCCUCACGCACGACGUCGGAUUCGGGCGCAUGCAAAAGUUCAGCCACGUCGACCUGUCCGGUCGCAACCUGACCGCUAUCCCGGUCAUACUCUAUUCCAGGGCCCCCGAGAUCAUCUCCCUCAACCUGUCGAGGAAUCUGUCCCUGGACGUGCCGCGGGACUUCAUCCAGUCCUGCACCAGCCUGCGCGACAUCAAGUACACGAAUAACGAGGCUCGGAGGCUACCACCGAGCCUGAGCUGGGCCAAGAAGCUGACGUAUCUGGACGUGUCCAACAACCGGCUCGAGCAGCUCGAGCAUGCUGAUCUCGGCGAGCUCACCGGGCUGCUCAAGCUCAACCUGGCCAAUAACCGCCUGAGCCAGCUGCCCUCCUACUUCGGGGCCUAUUCGGUGUUACGUACCCUGAACAUCUCUUCGAACUUUCUGGAAAAGUUCCCCCCCUUCCUCUGUAACCUGGAGAGCCUCGUCGACCUGGACCUCAGCUUCAACCUCAUCAGCGACUUCCCGGACGCGAUCGGAAAGCUGAGGAACCUGGAGAAGUUCGUCGUGACCAACAACCGGCUGACGGGCACCUUCCCCGAUUCCUUCAAGAACCUGGCCAACCUCCGAGAGCUGGACAUCAAGUAUAAUGCGAUAACGAACAUCGACGUGAUCGCUCAGCUUCCAAAGCUGGAAAUCCUGACGGCCGACCACAACUCCAUCUCCCAGUUCGUCGGCUCGUUUGAGAGGUUGCGCAGCUUGAAGCUCAACUCGAAUCCGAUCACCAAGUUCGAGAUCAAGUCGCCCGCCCCGACUCUCAAGCUUCUCAACUUGUCCAACGCUCAGCUGGCGAGCAUCGACGAGUCGUUCAACAACAUGCCCAACCUGGAACGGCUCAUCCUCGACAGGAACUACUUCGUCUCGCUGCCCAGCCAGAUCGGCAACCUCAGGAAGCUCGAGCACUUCAGCAUCGCUCACAACUCCGUCCGCCAGCUGCCGCAGGAGGUUGGGUGUCUCACAGAGUUGCGCGUCCUGGACGUCCGCGGGAACAACAUUCGCAAGCUGCCGAUGGAAUUGUGGUGGGCGAACAAGCUGGAGACGCUCAACGCGUCAUCCAACAUCCUCGACCACUUCCCAAAACAUGCUUCCCGCGCUCCCCAGCCGCCCCAACCUCCUGAUGACGCGCGCAGCACGAGCAGCUCCGUCAACAGCAAGCAGUCUUCGGGCUCGCGGGCUCUGUCUUCGAUGCCGAGCGUGGAGGAGCUCAACGGCGAUGCGUCCAGGCGCCCCAGUCAAGCAUCGGGCGCGACCCUCCUCAGCGUGGGCCCGCCGCCCGUUCCGGGAGCGGACAACAGGAAAGGCUCCAUGGUCUCGCUGUAUGGAAAGGGCGGCCGGAAGACGUCCGUGGUGUCGCGGAGCACCCAGAGUAGCACCGCGACCACGGGUACCGGCCUUCGCAAGGACUCGGGCCUCACCGCGCUCCUCACCAACACCUUCGCCGGCUCUCUCCGGAACCUGUAUCUCGCCGAUAACCAGCUGGACGACGACGUGUUCGACCAGAUCAUGCUCCUUUCCGAGCUCCGCGUCCUCAAUCUCUCCUACAACGAGCUGAGCGACAUGCCGCAGCGCUCCAUCAAGAACUGGCCGCAGCUGACCGAGCUGUACCUCUCCGGCAAUGAGCUCACGAGCCUGCCGACUGACGACCUCGAAGACUAUUCGCUGUUGCAGACGCUACACAUCAACGGCAACAAGUUCACCAACCUUCCCGCCGACAUCUCGCGAGCCAGGAGGCUGGCAGUGUUGGACUGCGGUAGCAACUCGCUCAAGUACAACAUCGCAAACGUUCCCUACGAUUGGAACUGGAACCUCAAUCCCAACCUGAGGUAUCUCAACCUGUCCGGCAACAGACGCUUAGAGAUCAAGCAGACAUAUCCCGGCGUCGUGGCGCAGAACCGCGACCAGCUCACCGAUUUCAGCCGCCUCCAGAACCUCCGCGUUCUGGGCCUGAUCGAUGUGACGCUCACCCAGCCCAGCAUUCCCGACCAGAACGAGGACCGCCGUGUCAGAACGUCGAGCUCUCUGGCGGGCUACAUGCCAUACGGCAUGGCCGACACUCUGGGCAAGAACGAACACCUUUCCACCAUUGAUCUUGUGAUCCCUCGUUUCAACUCGUCCGACUCGACCACUCUGCUGGGGCUGUUCGAUGGCCAGGCCUCCAGCAGCGGCGGCUCCAAGAUUGCCAAGUACCUCCAGGAGAACUUUGCCCAUAUCUUCGCGCAGGAGUUGAGGGAUCUCAAGACGAACCAGGGCGAGACCGCCGAGGACGCGCUGAGGCGGGCCUUCUUGGCGCUCAACAAGGACCUGGCGACUGCCGCGAUCCAACAUGCCGAGGACAGGCCGAUCACGACGCACCGCGGGUCCCAGGCUCCUCUCGUGCUCAGCCAGGAGGACCUCAACUCGGGCGGCGUCGCCACGGUGGUCUACCUCGACGAGCAAGAGCUAUACGUCGCCAACGUGGGCGACGUCCAGGCCAUGCUGAUCCAGACUGACGGCCAGGCCAAGAUGCUGACCAAGAAGCACGACCCGGCGGACCCCCCCGAGCGCUCGCGCAUCCGCGACGCCGGCGGCUGGGUCUCGCGUCAGGGGCGCCUGAACGAGCUCCUCCCCGUGUCGCGAGCUUUCGGGUACGUGGACCUGAUGCCGCCGGUGCAGGCGGCGCCGCACAUCAAGCACCACACGAUCGGGGACAACGACGAGACGAUUCUCCUGGCCACCAGGGAGGUGUGGGAGUACUUGACGCCAGAGCUCGUGGUCGACGUUGCACGCUCCGUCCGCGGGGACCUGAUGCGGGCAGCACAGAAGAUCCGCGAUCUCGCCAUGGCUUACGGCUCCAAGGACAAGAUCAUGGUCAUGAUGCUCAGCGUGGCCGACCUCAAACGUAGGCGCGAGCGCUCGCGAAUGCACAGGGGCCAGAGCAUGUCCUGGUUCAACUUCCCGCAGGACGAUACCGCCCACCAGGUUGCCACUCGCAGGGGCAGGAAGGCCAAGGCGGAGGGUCCGCUCGACUCGACCUUGCAGCGUCUCGAGGCCGAGGUGCCCGCCCCGACGGGCAUGAUCGCCAUCGUGUUCACCGACAUCAAGAACUCGACCCAGCUGUGGGAGACGUAUCCGGAGGCCAUGCGGUCCGCCAUCAAGCUGCACAACGAGGUCAUGCGCAGGCAGCUCAGGCGCAUCGGCGGGUUCGAGGUCAAGACGGAAGGCGACGCCUUCAUGGUGUCGUUCCCGACCGCCACCUCUGCGCUCCUGUGGUGCUUCGCCGUCCAGACGCAGCUCCUGACGGUCAACUGGCCCACCGAGAUGCUCAACUCGAUCAGCUGCCAGCCCACCUUUGACCGGGACAACAAGCUCAUCUUCAGGGGCUUGUCGGUACGGAUGGGCAUUCACUGGGGCGAGCCCCUGGCGGAACCGGACCCGGUCACCCGCCGCAUGGACUACUACGGCCCGAUGGUGAACAAGGCGAGCCGCAUCUCGGCCUGCGCUGACGGGGGCCAGAUCACCGUCUCGUCGGACUUCAUCAUGGAGAUCCAGCGCUGCCUCGAGACGUACCAGGAAUCGGGCUCGUCCGAUGACAGCUUCGAAGACGACGGUUUCGCCCGGGCCAUCCGCAACGAGCUCCGCUCCCUCAGCAGCCAGGGGUUCGAAGUCAAGGACUUGGGCGAGAAGAAGCUGAAGGGCCUCGAGAACCCAGAGUACAUCUACUCGCUCUAUCCGCACGCUCUCGCCGGCCGGAUCGACCAGCACAACCUCCACGAGCGGGCACAGGCCGCCGCCGACCGGCCCGCCAUGCUCAGCCCGGACAGCCAGCUAGCCAUCAAUCCCGACGACAUCUGGGCUACGUGGCACGUGGCCCUGAGGCUCGAGAUGCUGUGCAGCACCUUCGAGGACGUGACCCGGCGUAAGCUGCACCCGCCCGAGACGGAGCUCAUGGAGCGGAUGAAGCGGCGCGGCGGAGAGGUGACGGAGCGAUUCUUGAUCAGCUUCUUGGAGCACCAAGUCAGCCGGAUUGAGACGUGCAUCUCGACCCUCGCCGUCCGUCGCCUUGUCCUUGUGGAGGGCAAGCCGUCCGCCAAGCCCAGCGACCUUCGCGCUCCCAUCUCUGAUGUCCUGGAGACUCUGUCCGAUCAACUCGCCCUCCUGAAAAAGUACGAAGCCCGUUACGGGCCGCUCGACGACGCGGGCGAGGACCCUUCUUCCACCCAGGGCACCACCUCGGCCGUUACAUCCCUGCCACCGCCAGCAGCUGCGCCACCAUCUAACAACAACAACAACAACAACAACAACAACAACAGCCCGCAGGUGACGAUACCGCAGGCGGCAAUCGGCUCCCCGUCGGCUUCGGCCGAGUCUGGUGUCAGCACGCCGGAGUCAUCGCCCUACUAGAGCCGCUACCCUACCGGCGCAUAGCAGUGGCAGUGGCAUACAGGUUUAUCCCGUUAUGUUAUCUCUUUACCAACACAGUCUUGGCUUCGGUUGUUUAUUUUGGGCUUUUCAAUUU